CCCCAGCCUGGAGAAGAAAAAAAGAUCCAAGUUGGACUCUCCAGAGUGGCUCUGCCAGACUGGGCUGUACAGACCUGCUCAGUCCUGGAUUCGGCAUGUGCACAGAGGUCUUGUAAACGUGGAAUGUGCUUUGGAUUUUGAGAGACAGUUUGGUGGAUGAGGGGGAAGAUAUUGCAACACAGAGGAAUUCCAUGCCUUCAGGAAAGCCUCAUCAUUGGGCAAAGUUCAGGAACAGAGCCCAGAGAAGGCUAGAGGAGCAGACUGGACUGGCCACAGCGAGAAUUUGGAGCUUGUGGACGAGCGAUGGACAGCUGGACUCUCCAGGGGGACAGCUACUCCUUCCUGCGCAGUGCACCCCACAGAAACCUUUCCCUGUGCCAUCGUGACGGCACCCCCAACCACGUCGAAAUCUUCGACAUCAUCAACGUCCCUCAGCGCAGUGCCAUUUCCGAGACCACCUGCCUGUGUGACAUUUUUGGAGACGACUGUGAGUUGCCCUCCCUCUCAAGCAGCCCUGCUGUAGGGUUUUUUGUCCCUUCCCAUAGGGAGGUAGACGGGACAGCUGCUGCAUCACCUCUGGUGGAUGAUCUGAACGACUCAGGCUCUUAUCACACCGCACCGGGCUCCAGUGAAGGAGAGGAGGGCUUUGAAGAUUCAAGAGAAAGGCUUUGCAGCCCCCUGUUGCAGAGCGAGUCUUCACAGGGGAGGCAGCUGGAGGGCGAUAGACUAAGCUCAGGGCAUCCAGAAGUUUCUGAGGACAGUAGCCCAAAUUUAGAACCUAAAAGCAAAUCACCAGUACCUCAGCUUAGUACAGCUAGCCCAACACCUAAAGGCCUCAACACUGGUGAGAGGACCCCCUCAUCUGGACAUAACAGCCCAUAUACCCUCAGUACAGAGGGAAGAGAAUCAUCUUUGUCUUCUUCCUCAGUUGAAAAAAGAUGUUUACUAUCAUCACCUAGUCCUAGACCAGCUCAUUCAGAAACUGAACCAAGGAGAACCACUCCUGUUGUCAAAGAUAGACAUAACAGCCCUGCGCAUCAGUCUUUAUCUCCGAGUCCCUCCCCUGAACCUCAGAACUGUGUCAGCUCAUCCUCCUCUGAAUCAUUGAACACCCCAUCGUUACCUGAGUUCAGGGUCGUCGCACAAGGCUCACCUGAACAAAGGAGCAGCUACUUUGAUCAACACAGCAGUCCCUCACCUGAGCCCACAUCCAAAGAUUUCUUUCUAGAAUUGACAGAAUCUGCCUUUGAAUCUAGAGCCUCACUUUCAUCUCCUUUACCUUCAUCCAGUAGUACAGAGUUAUCAUCCAAGUUGAGAGAAACACUGGCCUCUCCUGAGCUGAAGAAUAGGCCCUACUCCCCUGAUACUCAAGCAUCAUCUCCUUUUUCUGAGCUAAGAGGGCGGGUCUCACUGCCUGAUCUCCUCAGCAGAGGCUCUACACCUGAUAUUGAAGACUCUCUCCACACCCCAGAGCUGAUUUCAGGUCCUUCUCCUGAGAGCCAAGAUACAAGGUUAUCAGCUGAACUUUUUAGCACUGUGUCUACACCAGCCCCACGAUACACACCACCCUCACCUGUCAUUUCAAUAGCAACAUCUCCUGAACUUGUGGAAAGUAGUGUCUCACCUGAUUUAAGACACACAGCUCCCUCCCCUGGACUACUCAGUGUUGCUUCUUCUGAGACAAGAACUCCCUCUCCUGACCCCUCACAUAAAAUAAGACACAUUUCAACACCUUCUGAAAGCAGGACCCAGGUGUCUUCACCUGUGGUUAGUUAUAGUUUAUCUCCAUCACCGGAAUUUACGAGCAACACUUCUCCCAUAAAGCACAGACACACUGCUUCCUCACCUUUAAUCAGAAUUACAACAUCCUCACCUGAGGUCAGUAAGAGAGAGUGGUCUUCUGAGGUGGAGACAGCAUCAGCAUCUCCUUUCCUAGAGCUUCACCCUGACUCUGCCUCAACAAGAAGCCUCACUUCGUCCCCUCAUAUUACAGGGAUUUCUUACUCUGUUGUUCAGCCUGAGGACAGGUGCACUUCCCCAUUUCCUGAGCUCUCUCGUUUCUCCACCCCUAAGCCUGAUAGAACACUUGUGUCCCCUGAAGCCAGGAGCCCUACCCCAAGCAGAGACAGUAUUCAGAGCAGUGUAGCAGAUUCCACUGGUACACCAAGAGACUUCCCUCACAUAUCAGGCUUCACAAGCUCUGUCCUGCAGCCUGAAAUAACUCUACCGCACCAACCCUGGUAUCAAACACCUUCUAAUCAUCCAAAGCAUCACACUCCCUCACCUGAGCCAAGAUAUCAAACCCCUUCAUCGGACAAGUAUCAAAGUCCCUCACCUCAGCACAGAAGUAGAAAUUCAUCACCUGUUGCCCCAUCUCCUGAGCAGAGGUAUCAUCAGCCUUCACCAGCAACCCUCUCCACUGAGUGCAACCCUCAGUACACACAGCUUACUCCUCCUCUAAGAAAAACACCUGAGGUUGAGGGGGAUUCCUCAUCAGUUGAUAUUACAGUAACACAAUAUCCCACACAUCUGGCAAAAGAGAGUGUGUCACCCACUUUUGAAUUAGACAGGAGAGACAAAUCAGUUGUAGCUGAAAUGAAAAGCAAUUCAACAGUGGUGGCAGUUCAGUCACCUGUAUCUACUUCAGCUUUCUUAGCUGAUACAAUGGUAGAUAGUUCACUAAAACAACAAAGCACAGAGACAGAGGAAACAACAAAGGAAGAUAACCUUCAAGAUAAGUCAAGUUUAGCUUCAUUCCCUGAGGAAAAACAAACCAUUAGCCCCACCUUUGUUCAGAAAGAAGAUAUUUACAAAAAUCCCCCCAUAGAAAUCAAGUCUCCCUCUCCUAAUCUUCUAGUCUCUAAAGACAGGAGUCCAAAUAUUUCACUCGUACACAGGGCUAUAUCCAACUCACCUGUGCAGAGAAUGGGAGACACACAGCCUCACUUCACUAAUUAUUCCCUAACUUCUGAAAGCAGCAGCUCAUUAAAAUCAGCUUGUACACCUGAGCCUGCGAGAAGACAACUGUCAACCAGAGUUAGGCGUGAAAACAAAGAGAGGAUAACAGAGGACAUGGCCCACUAUGUAAACAGAAGGCGGACUCCCUCUCCGCCACUCACCAGGUUUACACCGGUCCACAUUAUAGCCCCUGAAAAACCGUACAGACAGUGGCAGAACAGAAGCUGUAGCCCCUCUCAGGUUGAAGCAUCCUCACCACGUGGUAAUUUAAAGAAAGCUGUGACAAAUAGGGAAAGCCCCAAUGUUGCCCAUGUUGACAAUAAUAGCCAGGCUCACUGGGUCAGGCAAGGAAGGCAAUUGGAGAUGGAGAGGGAAAUACAGCUGGAGGAGGAUAGGGAGGUAGGAAGGGAGAAGCAAAGGGAUAGGGAGAUGGAGAGAGAGAGAAAGAAGAGGGAGGAGCGGGUUCCUGAAAAGGGGAUGGGUUGGCAGGGGGACGCCAGUUACAGAGGGGAACAGGUUGAGCUGUCAUUCAAUGCCAGGAAUAGAAAAGGGCCUGCGAGUUGCAGCACAGCUCCCACAAGCAGAGAGAACCGUCAGGGACUGCCAACAGUGCAUUCCUAUUCAGAGAGCUUGCUUGCCACCAGACAGCUACAGCAACAACAGAGUCUGCUUAGACUGGCUUCCCAACAAGACACCAGGGGUGGUGGUCCCAGCAGACGGCUUCAACCUUCUGCACCCCACAACAAGAAGAGUGUUCCUGGACGCAGGGCUGCAAACAGGCCUGACCGGAGUUCCAGCUCUAGCAUGGGAAGUGAGCUUGAUGAGGCAGACGAUGAGGUGACGUGGUUUUCGGACUUGGCUUUCAGCAGCCUGUCAAGCCCUGAGGUAGAUUACCUUGACAUGUACAACUCCAGCCACCAUUCAUCUACCAACAUUUCUCAACCAUCUAUGCAGGAGAGCCCAGCUGGUGUCAAUGCUGCCUGGCCGGCCUAUGCUGACUUCAGGGGUUCUGCUCCCAAGCUGGACAAUGAUGAACUCUCCCUCCAGCAACCAUCGGCAUACUACACAGAUGGCCUAGAUCAAUCAAGGCACUAUGAGAUGGGGAGCUUUGAGUGCGUAGAUGUGGCCGUGGAUAGAGGGGACUCCAGGAGGGUGAGGAAGGGAGUACCAAAGAGACAAAUUCAGCUGAAGAGAAAGAAUAAUGCUGAAGGGAAGCAGGAUGGGAGCAGUGGAAAUAGCAGUCCUGGGUUACCAGUGAUGGAGGAAAGCCCCUCUCUAAAAAGUUGCUCCAGAGAGACAUUCAUGAGACAACACAGUACACCAGCAGCAAUGCAAGAAUGCUACCCUUCUGAGUGCAGCCCUGUGUCUAGUCAACAAAAUGAAAGAAGAUCCAAACUCCAGAAAUCUGUUUCUCUGGAUGAAACAUGCACUAAAACCAAGAUGGCCACUUGUCUCAUCAAGAGUGUGUUGUCCAAGAAGAUGCAGAGUGUUGAUCGACAACCUGAUGAGCAGGCAAGAGAAGAAGAAAGUCCCACUUUUGAGGAAAACAGCCCACCAACAGAGAGUACAGUAGCACCACUCAAAGAGUCCUCAAAGCCUGACUCACAUAAUAUGAGUUCCAGUCUUCAGUCAGAGUAUAGUCUUUCAUCUGAGGUCCUUCCUGUGAGAGGAGAACCAAGCACAAAGGAUGAAGCCAAACCAACAAAAAACUUUGGAGUGAGAUCCAGUAACAGGCCAAGUUCAUCCAGCAGCAGCCAAAGUGUUAACUUUUCACAGACUGAGAGUGAAGAGGCUGAUUCUCAAAGCAGGAAAGCAGCCUCACUAAGAUCUAAAAUGAGAUCAGAAUUGAAAGUGCCAUAUAGUAAACAGUCAAGAACUAGAGUACAACGAGCAGAUGAAAGUAAAACAUGGGACGGAAUAGAGGGUGGUGACUUAGCAAAUGCCACUGCCGGUAACACAGGAUCUCUUUCUGCCUUUGGAGCCAGCAGCAUGCAGACCAGGGUGACAAACAGAGACCAGGAAUGUGUAAACAAAGAGGACCAUAAACAACUGCAACAGUGUGUCAAGGGCGCUUAUAUGUCACAAACACAGGAGAUUACACUCAAAGCCGUGGAGAAAAAGAAAGCCUCCCUAAAUGUCUGUCUCACACCUGACGCAGAAAACAAACCUGAGGCCUCUUCACCAGAUAUAAAGGAGGAAACGCUAGGGAUCAGUGUAAAUGAGAAACCAGAGGAGGAAGAAGGAAAUGGGAAUAAUAAAGUUAAGGUCCCCAUUCACAAAGUUAGAGAUGUGAGACGACUUGUAAAAAAUACAUAUAAUCUGUCUUUCAAGGCAACUAGUGCUGUAAUGCCAUCAAAUGUUGAUGACAACAGGAUGGACAUUUUAAAUGAGGAAAGGAGGGAAGAAAUUAAAGAGGAAAGGAGGGAAGAGGUCCUAGCACGGGAGGAGAGGGAGGUAAGGCAAGAGAUAAGGAGGGGGGAGAGGAGGGCGGAACAGAAAAAGGAGGUAAAAGACUUAAAGCUGCAAACCUUAUCUCCACCUCUUCAGAGCAAAGGAAGUCCUGUUUCACGUCCACAGCCAAUGCAAAUAGAAUACAAGGCUGUUUGCUGGAAAGAAGGCAAUAAUAAAAUGUCAUGCAGCAAGAAAGACUCAGAGAACCAAGGUGACAAACCUCAGGCUUCUCCAAAGCUUGUCACGAAGGUAAGCAGAGAAUCACCCUUGAAUGCAAACACAAUAAAUUACAAAACAGGAGACACAGAUAUUGCAAAGCCAUGUCAACAUGGUCCUAACAUGGCAGCAGGAGCACAAGAGACUUUGACAGAAAUCCAUAAAGUGCAAGACAACGAUGACAAACCUGUGGUGGUUAGAACAGACAGAAAACCUCCCAUGCUCGGUAGCCUCCCCAAACUACCCAGUAAAGAAAGAGAGGUGUCCACUGCUGUAGUGUUAAUAAGGGAUGGAUCCAGCAAGACAAAGCCAUCUGCAUCUCCAGCCCAGGGAGAGAUUCCCACGUCACUCCAAGCCCCGGCUGCUUCACCUUCACCUGGGCCCACUAACACUGGUAGCAGUGGCCACUCAGUUUCUAUGUUAUUAAAGGAAAAAGGCUACCACGCUGACAUUGGAGCAGUGGUGGGUGACAACCAGAAUGCACCUGGAGGUAAAGAGGUUCUCCGUAAGCAUGUGAACAGCCUAGAGAUCCCCCUUCAGACCCCCACUCCUUCAGAUGGAGGUCAGAUCGAGUCUCAUAGAGAGAGGACAUUCUCCUCCUCAUCCACUACAUCUGGUCCCUCAGUAGCAUCUGACAACACAGACACCCUUACAAAGACUAGAGAGGAUGAGAGAGUUAGCAGUAAGCCUACAGUAAAAGACACAGGAAAGCAAAAAAGUGCUUCUCCGCUGAGGAAUACGCAGGAGCAAACACCACCUCUCGCCAAACAGAAGGAACCUGGAGAUUUUGAAGUAGUAAAAAGACCAGAUCCAACUUUCCCCCCAAGGUCACCUGCAGUAAGGAGAUUCAGACCACAGCCAAUUGAGGUUAAGUCACUGUCUAAAGAAACACAGAAACAAGAGACCCCCACAAACUCUACAGGAACCAGUAGGCCUCAAGCCAUUGAAGUUAAAUCUAUAGCAAAACAUUCUCAAAAGCCAGCAGUGCCUCCAAAGCCAAGCUGCAAAUUUAUACCUGCAGAUUUAGGAGCAAUGCCAAAUGAAGCGCAUGGACUAUCAGCAACAACAUCUACUGUAAAACCACAAGGCGAGGAGAGGCCUCAAACAAUUGUAGUGUCCUCACCGACAAUCUAUAGAAAGAUCUCCAAUGAAUCCACAUCAACGUCAAACUAUUCAAGAAAACUAGCUGUGUCUGCAGUAUCCAGCCUCAAACCUCCAUCUUGCAAAGCAACAGCAACCACCAUCUCUAAUCUCUCAAACCAGUCAACAACACCAUCAGAGACAGAGGCAUCCAAUGACAAAGGUCAGCAGCAAAAGCCAGGGGCUUCGCCUCAAAACUCCAGAUAUACACAAAGACCCUCAACCUUUGCUACAGCUCUAAUAUCAGUCACUGAGCCAGGUUUAACCUCAGCUCCAGGCCCAGUGUCUGACCCAAAAGCAAACCCUGCCCCUGUCCCUGACUUGGCUGGAGCCAACCAGGCAAUGGAUUCAGACAGCCAACCACAGUAUCCCAGGACGGCUUACCCUCAUGAACAAGCUAUGCCGGUAACUUCAAACAAUACAAAGCAACUCACAGCUGUUUCCACAACACAAGUGCCAGGAUAUAUGCACCAGCCAUGCCGCAGAUCGCUCUCCAGCGAGCGCUCCCAAUGGACAAACGACAUGCGUUUUUAUGCCUCAGAUGACCCUCCAAGCUACGAUGAAAGGGAGAGCUUCAGUCCCCUCAUGCUCCCAGAUCUGAACCCCAGGAGGUCAAAUCGCUAUCAACCCUCCUCCCGCCCUCCUCCCUGCUCCUGCACAGCUAGCUGCCCUUCCCACCCUCGUCUCACCCCUCCUCACCAUCACCACAGCCCCCAUAACCUUACCCCUCCCGCCCCUCCUCACUCUCCAGGCCAGGCACUACCUUACCCAGUGGUUCAGCCCCCACUCCGUCCCCACCAGUGCAGACCUGACCCUCAGCCAAUGAGCUACCAGCCCGGCUCUCCCAAAUCAAGUCCCCUUGGUCCAAGCCAACCACCAGCCAUGUAUCAGCCUCUCCACCAGCCUCCUCCUUGCCCUCCCCAUCCCUCGCUCAUGCAGGCCUGCCCUGUCCAGCCACUACAGCAUAUUGACCCUCGACGACCCCCUGUCCACAGAUCCCCCCAGCAACAGCCGCCAGGCAUGGCUGGGGCUCCUUACAGCGAUCCUGGCCACGACCACUCUCCUGGCCUUCCUCCGAUGGAUCCCCAGUACCUGUGUGGCCCUCAGAGCCUGGGGCCUUCCUAUGGCUCUGAAUAUGGGGGCGACAGCUCCAGUUUGUACUCAGACAGUAGCUAUGGACAGACACCUCGCAGAGUGCUCCUGGAUCCUGAAACAGGGAAGUAUUUUUACAUUGAGGUGCCUCUACAGCCACUGAGGAAAAUGUUGUUUGACCCAGAGACUGGCCAAUAUGUGGAAGUGCUAAUCCCGCAGCAAGCAAUGUCACAUUCAGGCCUGUAUCCUCCUUCAGCAGCUCCCUACACAUCUCUCCACAAUCCCAACAUGUACGCUCCUGCUCCACAGUACAUGCCCUAUGCAGCUCCUCCUCCCCAAGCCCAUCCCCAGACUCAACCUCAGCCACCUCGAUAUCCUGAGGCCGCAGCAACAAUGCACCCUGGUGGGCCUGGAGUCAGCUACAGGAAUCCUUCUGGCCAGGGGUCCAAAUCAGAGCCCCAAAACCAUCCACCACUGGACCAGAGUUACCUGGAGAAUAUGUAUUAUGUUCCCACAGGGAUGAAUGCGAGCCCCAAUCCUACCCCACCAGAUUAUUACCACAAACAUCCCCCCAACAUACCCCCAACAGGGGGGAAAAGGUCCUGAAAUAGAGGACAGAGGCCGCCUUCCUGGAGCCUGUUGGGUUUUAAAUACACAGUGUAUAAAAGGGCUGUCUAAUGUUAGCCUGUAAUGUUAUUUGAGUUUUCACAUUGCAACUGAAGACAGCAAUUAUUUGGUUGUUGUGUAUUUGCUGCUGCUUAUUCUGUGCUAGGCUGCUUUAAUAGCACAAGAUAUAUGAUUCUUGAGUUUGAAGUUUUGAAAACACAAGAGAGGAAGCCUUUUUUCUAUGAGGUGUUCUUAAGAUUAUAACCUAAAUCUCAAAUGAUCUUUUACCAUUUUUGUCACUUUUGAUACACAACAUCAUACUGUUAGUUCACCAGUAAUGCACAGGUAAAGACAAAUCAAUAGGUUUACUGAUUUACUGAUGAGUGUACUUUAACAGAAAUAUCUCCAAAAAACUUGAAAAUACUGUUUUAAAAGAACCUCAUAUUUAUUUUAUUAUUGUGUUAUUUCGAUGAGUGAGUUUGUGCACAUGAUGUCUGCAUUAACAAUGCCAAUAAACUAU